CACGAAGUCCUCCUCAUCUUGCAUGGCGUUAUUCCCAUAAUGUCUAUCCGGCCACCUCCUUUUUGAGCAGGCCCUCUUCUCGACAAAAACAAAGCAGCAUGGCGAUGCAUGGGCACAGCUCAGCACAGCACACCACACAGCAUAUCACAUUUCUCUCCACACACACACGGACGGCUACCUCCGCGAGCAUGGUUGGCGUUGCACGAUACCACGAAGGGCUUCCUUUUUUUCCCCGUCUAGGCUUUUUCGGGCUUUUCUGGCAGACAGACGUCGCUUGUUUCCUUUCUUUUCAGGUUUUGGUUUUUUUUUUUUUGGUUGGUUUCCUUUUAUUAGCAAAACUCAACGCGAGCUUUGGGUCAGAGGCCGGGGGCGCCCGCGGAAUUCAUCAUACCUUGGUACCCUACCGUAGCCAGGCACGAAACGAACGAAUCCCCUUUUUUGUUUCAAACUUGGUACUUUCUAUAUCGUGGGGCGUGAUCUUGUGUGUGUGUGAUGUGUGAUAGAAUUGUGGAUGGGUGCUGUGCUCUCUCUUAUCUCUUAACCUUGGGGGAGGGUAUGGAAUAAGGGGUUGGAGGGUCAGUCAGUUGGAUGACAGGGACUGGGGUACGGACGGUAUGUGGCAUUAUCUUCAGCGGGAGCAACACUAGCGCGGCGUUCUUCUAUUUUUUCCUUCUCCUUUCCCCCCCUGGUCUUGUUUUGUUUAUUUUCUAUGAUGUUGUUUUUUUUACUCUUGUGAUAUGACGUACAU